AUGUUCCCACAAAUUCAGGCUGCUAAUGGAGAUGUAACAAUAACAAAUGAUGGAGCAACAAUUUUAAAACAAAUGCAAGUAUUGCAUCCUGCUGCUAAAAUGCUUGUAGAAUUAUCUAAAGCACAAGACGUGGAAGCUGGAGACGGUACCACAUCCGUUGUUGUAAUUGCCGGUAGUCUUCUCGAUGCUGCAUCUAAGCUUUUAUCCAAAGGUAUUCAUCCAACUACAAUAUCUGAAUCUUUUCAAAAUGCUGCAGCGCAUGCAAUUGAAAUAUUGACCGAGAUGGCCAUUCCUGUUGAUCUGAAUGAUAGAGAUUCUCUUCUGAAAAGUGCUUCUACAUCAUUGAAUUCUAAAGUUGUAUCACAACAUUCCAGUCUUCUUGCUCCAAUAGCUGUUGAUGCAAUAAUGAAAAUUAUUGACCCAGCAGUAGAUACAAAUGUAGAUCUCAGAGAUAUCAAGAUUAUUAAGAAACUUGGCGGUACGGUCGAAGAUACCGAAUUGGUUGAUGGACUUGUGUUUACUCAAAAAACUGCCGGUACUGGCGGUCCACAUAGAGUUGAAAAAGCCAAAAUUGGACUUAUUCAGUUUUGUAUUUCUCCUCCAAAGACUGAUAUGGACAACCAAGUAAUAGUGUCCGAUUACACUCAGAUGGAUAGAGUUUUGCGUGAAGAACGUAACUACAUAUUAAAUAUUGUUAAGCAAAUUAAAAAAGCUGGAUGUACUGUACUUUUAAUCCAAAAGUCUAUUCUUAGAGAUGCAGUUAAUGACUUAGCUUUGCAUUUUUUGGCUAAAAUGAAGAUAUUAGUAGUUAAAGACAUUGAAAGGGAAGACAUUGAGUUCAUCUGUAAGAGUUUGGGUUGUAGGCCUAUUGCAAGUCUCGAUCAUUUUACGCCCGAAGCGCUUGGAAGUGCUGAUUUGAUAGAAGAAGUUCAAACUGGAGAUUCUAAAGUUAUAAAAAUAACGGGUGUAGCAAAUCCGGGAAAAACUGUGACACUGUUACUAAGAGGAUCUAAUAAACUAGUUUUAGAAGAAGCCGAUAGAUCUCUUCAUGAUGCUCUCUGUGUUAUUCGUUGUCUUGUCAAAAAAAGAGCAUUGAUUGCUGGAGGUGGUGCUCCCGAAAUCGAACUUUCCUUGAAGCUUAUGGAAUACGCCCGCACCCUUACGGGCAUGGAGGCUUAUUGUUACAGGGCAUUUGCUGAAGCUCUAGAAAUAAUUCCAUCUACUCUGGCCGAAAAUGCAGGUCUCAAUCCGAUAACCACUGUGACCGAACUACGUAAUAGACAUGCAAAAGGUGAUAAAACUGCAGGCAUCAAUGUUAGAAAGGGUGCUGUGACAAAUAUUCUCGAAGAAAGUGUCGUCCAGCCACUUCUGGUAUCCAUUAGUGCGGUGACAUUAGCAGCCGAGACCGUUCGGAGCAUUUUGAAGAUCGAUGACAUCGUCACAACUAUGGGAUAAAGUAAAAGUACUUUUCUAUAUCUAUUUAAAUGUUGAGCAAGAAUGUAACUUCUUUCGUGAUAAGCUUAUGUUGAUUGUUUAAAAAUGUAUGGCAUUUGUUUUUCUAAUGCAAAAUUUAUUUGGUUUAUAUAAUUAUUAAUGAAAAUAAAUGUCAAAAAUUAUGA